UAUAUAUUAUAAAUUUUUCUUGCCCCUUCACUACGCCCCCUGCCGUCCGGGCCGGGCUUUCUCCAAGAAACCGGUGACUUAAACCCACCCGAGUCCACUCCUCUUAAUCGGGCUUCCUCUCUCUCUCUCUCUCUCUCUCUCUACACUUUAUCUCACUAAACAUGGCCGAUCACCACCACCACCACCACCACCGCCCGAAUCGCAUCGCUCUCCCCACACGAGCAUCCAAUGCCGCCUCCGCUGCCGCUACUCCGACCCCCCGCCCCUCUUACCCGGUCUUCCCUUCCACCCCUGCCGCGACUCCCUCCAAAAACCGCCGCCCCAUCUCCCGGCUCUCCGGCGCCUCCGCCGCAACCUCCUCCUUCUCCUUCCUCUUCCUCCUCCUCUUCUCCCUCCGCUCCCUCUACUCCCUUUUCCCAUUUCUGCGCGCUUCCCCUCCCUCUUUCUCCAUCUUCCCUUUCUCUUUCCUCGUCUCUCUCCUCUCCUUCAUCCUCACCCUCUCUUUCUCUCUCUUCGCCUCCGUUUUCAGUGGAGACUCUCACACUAGGAAGCCCCAGCGGCCCCUUCUCUCUCUCACUCUAAUCACCCAAUCCCAGCACAAGCUCCUCGUCGCCAAAUCACUCCUCCUCGCUGUCGUUUUCCUGCUCAGAUUUCAGGCCUUAAGAUACUGCGGCGCGGCGGCGUUGAUCCUAGCCGAAUUGGCCGGAAAUGUGGCGGCUCGUUUCAUGGCGGAAGGUAAAAAUCGAAUCUUUAUCGGUAAUAAUUCAAUCGGAUCAUCCAAAUUUCGUGGGUUUAUCGCACUUUUAUCUGGGUUGAUCUUGUUGUCACUUAGCUGGGAUCGAAUCGAAUGCUUUCCUUUAUCCCAUGUGAAUAUUAUCAGCAAAGGGUUUGUAGCUUUUCCUAAUUCGAAUUGUUUGAGGAUUUGGCCUAUGCUGCUGCCAUUCUUGUCAGGGUUUUUAGGGUGCUACGAAAGGGUUUUAUCAAAUUGGGGGGAAAUUCGUGAGCUUGGACAGAAAAGGGUUAGAUUGAUUACAUUGUUCUUCACUACAGUUGUUUUGUUCAUACCUGCUUGUGUUAGCAUGCUCGUGUUUGAAGUCGAGGGCGAUAGCAUUUCCUUGUCGAGCCUAGGCUGGCCGUUGGCGAAUACUGUAGUUUUUGGUGUGCUUUUGAGUGAGAAUUACACUGAUGAGAGAUCAGUAGCUGCAUCUAAAGAUAAUCAGAGGGAGUAUUUUGUGACAUUUGUGUGUACUCUUGUGUUGGAGCUGUUCUAUUUUCCCGAGCUCUCGUUGUGGGGAUUGCUUAUAUGUGGUUUGUUGCUGUGGGUAGCGGUGAGGGAGCUGAAUCCUGUUAGUAUUAGUUAUCCUGAGUUGGGGGUUGAGUCGUCUGAAUCACGUGGCAUCGAGGUGAUGAAACCUAUUAGGCACAUUUUGAGUGAGCGAAAGUCACGCAAGAUUGCUCUGUUUCUGUUGAUAAACACUGCUUAUAUGGUUGUUGAGUUUGUGGCUGGUUUCAUGAGUAACAGCCUAGGGCUGAUCUCCGAUGCUUGUCACAUGCUGUUCGAUUGUGCUGCUUUGGCGAUUGGUUUGUAUGCUUCCUACAUCUCACGCUUGCCAGCGAAUGGUCAGUUUAAUUAUGGGCGUGGGAGAUUUGAGGUUCUCUCUGGAUAUGUUAAUGCUGUUUUUCUGGUUCUUGUUGGAGCGUUGAUCACAUUGGAGUCGUUUGAGCGGAUUUUGGACCCUCAAGAGAUUUCUACGAGUAGUUUGCUGUCUGUCUCGGUCGGAGGUUUGGUUGUUAACAUGGUGGGGCUUGUCUUCUUUCACGAGGAGCAUCAUCACGCCCAUGGUGGAUCUGGGCCGUGUUCACAUUCCCAUCACUCCCAUGAGGAAGCUCAUUCCGACUCCCAUCAUUUACACGAGCAUGGCGAGAAGCAUCCGGAGCUCGUGGCUGUUGUCCAUGACUGCAGUGAGAAAUCGUGUUCAAAGCAUGAGGACCAAUGUAGUGUUGAUGUGGGAGACCACAAACACGACGACCAUCAUCACCACCACCACCACCACCACGUGAAGAAUGAGCAGCACGACCAUGAUCACAAACAUGUUGAACUACAUAGCCAUAAUCAGCAUCACGCCGAUGUAGAUGAUCAGCACCACCACUUCCUCCACCACCGCCAGAACCAUGUUGGCCAAUCCGAUCAUAACCACAGCCAUUCCAACCCCCUCUCAGGGGAGAAGGAAAAGCAUGACCUCCACCACCAGAAUGAUCAACUUGACCAUCAUCAGAAACAUGUCGAGCCACACCACCACCACCACCGCCAUGUCAAUGUAGACGACCAACAUCACCACCACCAUAAUCAUGACGGAGAAAAGGAAAAGAAGCAUCACCGCCACCACAUUGACCACAACAUGCAAGGCAUUUUCUUGCAUGUCUUGGCAGACACCCUGGGAAGUGUUGGAGUUGUUAUCUCAACUUUACUGAUCAAGUACAAGGGCUGGCUUGUUGCUGAUCCCGCCUGCUCAAUAUUUAUCUCAGCACUGAUUGUGUCAUCUGUGAUUCCAUUGCUUAGAAAUUCUGCAGAAAUCUUGCUGCAGAGAGUUCCCAGAUCCUACGAGCAGGAUCUCAAGGAAGCUCUAAACGACGUGAUGAAGCUGAAAGGGGUUGUUGGCUCUCAGAAUUUGCACGUCUGGAGCUUCACUAACACAGACAUUGUGGGGACCAUCCACCUCCAUGUUUCAGCAGAUUCUGACAAAGCUUCCAUCAAGAAACAAGUUUCACACAUUAUACGCGGAGCUGGGGUCAAGGAUUUGGCUGUGCAGGUAGAAUGCAUCACCUCUAAUUUAGAGUCACUUCAACCCUUAUGACUCCCUGCCUGCAUAAUGUGUUGUGGAGUGUUUUUCCAGCCUGCAACGAGCAGAACGUGGUAGAAUGUUCCGAUGCUCCCUCGUGGCCUCAACUAAGGUUGUUGUUUCCCCGGUCAUAGGGUUCAAUCUGAGACGUCGUGGAGAGGAUGGUACGAAGCUACUAACUGUAGAACAAAACCGUCUCAACUAGCAGGCUUUACUUGUACAGGGAUUAUUUUAGUUGAUCACAGAACCCUAGUUUCUCAUAGAUCAAAAGAAGGGCUAAUUUUUUGUUGUUCUUGUGUUGCUGUAAUGGUGAGAUGUUUCAAUAGAAGAUGAAGUUAACCUUCUGAUACAUGACAGGAAAUGUAUCUGUAUUUUUGUAGAAUUAAACAUCAGUUAUAGUAGAUUUGCUUAUUUCUGUAUUUUGUUUGCAUUCUGCCUGUAUUUUAGAAAUGUUUGUAUUUUUUUUUAAUACAUUAACAGUAAUAAAUAAAGAAAUUUAAAGGUCGCGCCA